UGUGAUACGUCAUUUUUAGUUCAAAUGUCGUGUUUUUAUCAUGUUGCCUUUCAACUGUUAAAGCCAAAUUUCCAAAAUUGCCGUUUCUGAAACCAUACGUAUGACACAAGUGCACGUAUACUUGCUAUGACAAAUUUCUCUUUAUAGCGUUACUAAUUCUUCGAGUACUGUUGUAAUGAAAUUGGAAGUGUAUUGGAAUGGAGAAGAGAUUAUAAGUUUGAUGUUAAUUAGAUUGUGUCGUGAUUCACAGACUUUCACCUGAAUGGGAGGAAAAAUGUCCAAGAAAGAGAAAAGUUCGUUAUUGACAGCCAUUGUUAUUGGAGCAGGAAUUCGAGGUUCCAUUUAUGCUCAGUAUGCACACAUAUAUCCAGACCGACUCAAGAUUAUUGGAGUGGCUGACCCGAGAGAAUUUUACCGCAGGAAGCUUCAGGAACGCUUCAAUAUCCAGGAUGAAAACUGUUUUUCAGAUUGGAGUGAGGCGAGUCAGAGAGACAAAAUGUCCGACUGUGUCAUCAUUACUACCCCAGAUCGUCUACAUAAGGACCCUGCCAUUGCUUUUGCAAAAAAAGGUUACAACAUACUUCUGGAGAAACCGAUGGCUGUUAAUGAAAAGGACUGUAGAGAAAUUGUUACGACAUGUAAAGAGAAUGACGUUGCCUUGGCGAUAUGUCAUGUGCUGAGGUAUGCACCAUGGGCAAUUAAACUUCGGGAACUCAUCGACAGUGGUGUCAUUGGGGAAGUGGUCAACAUCAACCAUACAGAGCCUGUUGGUUUCUGGCACUUUGCACAUUCCUAUGUUCGUGGUAACUGGCAUAAUGAAGCUAAUAGUUCCAGUUCAUUGUUAGCCAAAUGUUGCCAUGACGUUGACCUUAUAAACUACUGGAUGGCAGGACGACGCUGCACCAGUGUAUCUUCAUUUGGACAUUUAAGUCACUUCAAUAAGAAGAGCAAGGUAGGGUUCUGGCACUUUGCCCAUUCCUUUGUGCGAGGGAACUGGAAGAGAGAAGACGAGAGUUCGUCUGCACUCUUACAAAAAUGUUGUCAUGACUUGGAUCUUAUUAAUUAUUGGAUGCUGGGAAAGAAAUGUUGCAGUGUGUCCUCUUUUGGGUGUCUCAGUCACUUCAAUGUUGCAGAUAAGCCUCCAGGAGCAGCUAGUCGCUGUACAGAAUGUCCAUCUCACAUAGAGUCCAAGUGUCCCUAUUCAGCUAAAAAGAUUUAUCUAGACCAGAUUAAACAGGGAGACGUAGAUUUCCCUGUUUGUGUGAUUGCAGAGAAGCCGACCCUAGAGAGUGUUACAACAGCGCUCAAAACUGGUCCUUACGGUGUGUGUGUGUAUGACAAUGACAACGACGUAAUGUCCAAUCAGGUGGUCAACAUGCAAUUUGAGGGCGGAGCUACGGCCACUCUAACCAUGAUGGCUUUCACCAAAUCUGUCUGUACACGAGAGGUCAAGGUCUAUGGAACAAAGGGGCAACUGUCUUGUAUAGCGACCAGCUGUCCAGUGAUCCAGUAUUUUGACUUCUUGACUGGACAAACUCAUGAAUAUCCAGCUGAAUCCACAAGGAUGAGUGGAAUAUCGGGACAUGGGGGCGCUGACUUCCACUGUAUACAUUCCUUUGUCAGCAGUGUUGCCAAUGAAACCUUGGCAGAUAUUGUCACUGGUCCCGAGGAGAGCUUGGCCGGUCAUUUACUAGUGUUUGCGGCUGAAAAGGCGAGGAAGGAGAAUCGAGUUGUCACGCUACAACCUGACGGCUCAUAUAACUGACAGGAUGUGAACGGCUUAUGGUUUAUUACCAAGCAAACGUAUACAAUAAUAUAUAAGUGUAUUGAUAUAAUCCGGGUGAAUAAAACAAAAUUUACAAUCAAUACAAAAAAAUCUGUGAUAUGACAUAAAUUACGUUUCAUUCAGAAACGUAUGACUAUUUCUGGUUAAAUUAUCUAUAUUGAUGAUUCAGAGUCACUUAGACAAAUAAGAAAAUAUUUAUAUCAAUUGUACUUGUAAUCUAUUUUAGUAUAUUACAUAAAUAUAAAUGUUCUUAUAAUAGCUACAUCUAUGUUAUUAUGACUUCCGAGGAAAUACAAAACCACUUGUUAAGAUUACAUACAUUCAGUUUGUAUGGAUGUGAUUUAUUCAGAUGAUGUCCUAUAAUGUGCCAAAUGUGUUUUGUAUUAAUAAGUUAUCCUGAGUAUCCAACUAAGUAUCCGGUCAAUUCUAUUAUACUAAUUCACAUUACUGUUGUAAUGGUAGAUUUAUUCAUGGUAUGCUUUCCUUUUAUUAAAAAGACUAUAACUUCAAUAAUUAUCAUGUAUUCAGCAUACCUGGCUGGUUAGGGGAACUCUGUCCAUUAGACCUCAGACACUGUAUAGUUGGUAUAUAAUACAGUACUACUAUUCAUCAUUAUGUCAUAGAAAUGGUUUGCAUUGUAUUAUAAAUUAAACGAGAUGAAACCAU